AUGGGAGGCUCGAAGGCAGCAGCAACAGCAGCCCACACGCAAACAGGACUGACGGCAAAAGCCACAGCGGCAUCAACAGCUGCAGUAGCUGCAGCAGCAGCAACUACAGCAGCAGUAGGGGCUACCACAGCAGCAGCAGUGCAGGCAACAGCAGCAACAGAUGAAACCACAACGAAAACCACAGCAGCGCGCGAUGAGGUGGAGAAGACAUCCACCGGCGCAGGCUGCCGUGUGCUUCAGGCGCUGCAGCAGCUACAGCAGCAGCAGCUGCUGCUGCUGCAACAAGCUGCAGCGCAGCCUUUGUGCAGCAGCAGCAGCAACAGCAGCAGCAGCAGCACUGACCAGAUAGCACAGUUAUACACGCUGCUCAGCCACGCUGUAGAUCGACUUGACGAAGAAGUACUGAUGAAAACAGCAGCAGCAACAGCAGCAGCAGCGGCUGCAGAACCAGCAGCAGGCGCAGCAGCAUCAGCGGCUGCCGAAAGAGUAGUAGCAGCAGCAGUUGCAGCAUCAGCAGCAGCAACACCCCUAGAGACAGUGGCGGGCUCCGCUGCCCAGGUGAAGUUGCAGCUUCCGCGGUGCACAAUGGUGUGCAGCAGCAGCAGCAGCAAAAGCAGUGCCAGCAGCAGCAGUUCUGGUGGUUGUUCCUCGUGUGAGCUGAUAUAUCUUUACUUUCAAGUCGAUCAGCUGCUGCAGCGCUGUGAUGCCGCUGCUGUUGCUGCCGCUGCUGCUGCGAGUAAGCAGCUCCGCAGAGCCAAAACAGCAGCAGCAGCAGCAGGAUCGGAGGGGCAGCAGCGGCAGCAGCUCUGCCUAGGUGGCCAAGCAUUGCUCUUGAGCCUUACUGAAAAUCUGUUACUUCCAUUUAUGCAUGCAUGUGAGCAGCAGCGACGGCUGCAGCAUCAGCAGCAGCUGCUGCAGCAUGUGUAUGUGCUGCGGCUGGCUGGUGUUGCAGAUCUGUCGCCUCCGCAGUGGCAGCAGCUGCAGCGAGUGCUAUCUAUUUUGCAUGCCGAAUUGCUGCAGGCAGCAGCAGCAGCAACUGCAGCAGCAGGAGAAGCAACUACAGCAGCGGGAGAACCAGCUGCAGCAGCAGGAGAAGCAACUGCAGCAGGAGCAGAAGAAACUGCAGCGGCAGCAGCUGCUGCUGCACCAGCAGCAGAAGCAACUGCAGCAGCAGACACCACGCAGCAAAGCUGCACGUGCCCGCCCUCAGUUGUUAUUGAGGUAAACUGCUCGGCAGCAGCAGCAACAACCGACGCAGCUGCAGCAGCAGAAACACAGCAACUACUGCGCAGUGUCGAGGAGUUCGUACAAAUGCUGCAGCAGCAGCAACAACAGCGCGUUCAGGUGCAACUGUAUCAGAUAAGCUGUGUACAGCAGCAGCAGCAAGAAGCUUUGCUGAAGCAGCAGCAGCAGCAGCAGCAGCAGCCUCGCUGUCUGCUGUACAUAGGCGGCGACGUGCUGCUGCCUGCCGCUGCUCCAGGGCCGCUGGGCAGCAGCAACAAAGUGCUGCGGCUGCUGCAGCAGUUGCGCGAGCGUUUGCUGCUGCCGAUGCAAAUGCGCAUAAGAUACUUCACCCGACGUAACAGUAGCAGCAACACGAGCAGCAGCAGCAGCACAGCACUUAUGGAGACUCUGUUCUGCGGCAAGCAAGGAGAGGUCCCCGCCCCACGGUUGUUGCUGUACGGCUACGGCCGUGCUGCUGCUCCUCGCGCUGCUGCAGCUGCAGUUGCUGUUGCGGACGAGCAGCAGCAGCAGCACGAGGACGAUGCGCUCUUUCGCAUCAGCCCGCAGCAGCUGCUGCAGCACCUUCUGUGUCUGCCAGAGGCGUUGGGACUGCAGCUGCUGGUGGUGCCUCUUGCUGCUGUUGCUGCUCCUUAUGUGGGCGAGUCUGAACAGCGGCUGGCGCAGCUGUUUGCUGCUGCUGCAGCUGCUGCUCCUUGCGUGCUGCUGCUGCAGGGCCUGGAGAGAGCGGCAGCAAACAGAUCUAUACUGUCCCCGCUACCCGGCCUACAAAUUGACAGCAGCAGCAGCAGCAGCAGCAACAGCAGAGAGGGUGCGCAGAAGCAGCAGCUAGGAGCAGCAAAAGCCAGCAGGCUUCAAGGCAGCAGCAGCAGCAGCAACAGUCAGCGGCGACUGCUUGCUGCGCUGCUGCUCGGCCUCGAUGACCUGGAGGAGAAGCGGCGCUUGCUGCAGCAGCAGCAGCUGCAGGAAGAUUCAGGGGAUUGCAGCAGCAAACAGCAGCAGCAGCAGCAAGCCGCUGUGAUUCUCCCACGGCUAGGAAGCAAAGAAGACCAGAAGGCGUGGCAGCUGCAGCAAAAUCCAGCAGCAGCAGCAGGUGUUGCUGUUGUUGCAGCAACACACAUGCUGCCGGAGGAGCUUGACUCUGCUGCUGUGCGUGCCGGCAGACUCGACAGCUGGCUACCAUGGGCAUAG